AUGUCACAACCCUCUUUACUUAGUCUACCUGAUGAAGUGAUAACGAAUAUUUUUAGCUACCUUCCACUUCGUACAUUAAACGAAUUGGAAAAAAUCCCUGCAUUUCUUCCCUUUGUUACAAAAACAAUAUAUGAAACCGUUUCAAUUUGUGAUGACGACGAAUGGCUAGGUACACUGGUCAUCGACACAAGGUUUCGAUUUGGAAUCGGGUAUGAAGAUGAAAAACCAAGAAAAAGGAUACCUUGUGAUGAUUUAAUAGAUUUAAAACCCGAGCGUCUAGCAUGUAUUCGUAACAUCAUUUUUGAAGACCCCCUGAUAUUGUUGACAGUAUUUACAGCAAAGCCAGAUAUCUUGAGAAAUGUAAACAUUACAAUAUUGUUUUCAGACUAUCAACGUUGUUUCAGAGGAAAUGAACUUUUGGAUUUUCUUGACAAAUUGGCAAAAAUUCCAUGUGGUGAUGUAUGCUUUAAGUCCUUUUGUCAUUCCUUGAUAUUUACUGAUACAUCUUUUGAAAUUGUCAUUCUACCAGCAAGCGGCGCUGAGAUUUUACAGAAGUUGAAGAUACUUGAAAACUUGACUAGCCUUAAAAUAGAGUCGGCUCUUGACAGUAAUGAAUUAGAAUACCUUCCAGAUACGCUUCAACACUUGGACUGCAGAGUAACUCAUAAGGAAGAAAUACUGCCUGUUAAGUUUGACUUUCCCAAAAAUUUGGUGUCUUUGAAGAUUGAAUUACGGUUAUUGAGAGGACCACCAUCUUUGUUUGUUGCUGACAUAUCACACUUAGAGAAAUUAGAAGAAAUUUCGUGUGACUCUAUUAAAAAUUUUAAUCUUCCAAGUGCAAUAAAAAUUAUAGAUACCGUUCAGCCUAUCAAUACAGUCUAUAUGUCUACCAUGUUUCCAUCGUUAAAGAAGUUAUAUUGCAAAGAUUUUUCACUUCCAGAGCUGAUUUGUAAAAUAUCCUCGCUAGAAUGGAAGAAAAUCGCAUCUGACCCAUCAGAAAGUUUCGUUUCCACUGAUGUACUCUCAAAUAAGAUGCAAAAAGUAGACAAAACCAUUAACGUUGUUAAAUUUCCUACAAAUUUGAAAAAGCUAGUCAUAGAUCGAUCAGUGGAGCAAAAUUUUAGUACUGGACUACUGUUUCAGUUAUUCUCAAAUUUACCAGAAACAGCUUUAAAUCAUUUGGCAUAUUUGGAAUUGAAUGGUAUAACUAAUAUCAAAGAAAUUGGACCAUUACCGAAGUCACUACACUGGUUGAACAUCAAGAAUACUACAGGAAUCGACUACAGUGAGUUAAAAUCCUUGAACAAACUUACGCGUCUUUCAAUUCGCGUCGUAACAGACAUAGCCGCUGAGUUUGAUCUACCAAAUAGUUUAUUGGAACUUGAAAUGGUUGAUAACAAAUUAACUAGGGUCAAGAUUUGUGCUGAAAACUUGCGAUAUUUAGGACUUUCAGGGAACUUGUUCAAGCAAUUAAAACCCGAAAUUCUUUGUAUUCCCGAGAGUGUACGAGAGUUAAGGCUUGAAGGUAAUCGUAUUGAAGCCAUCGAUCUGUCGUUCAAGUUCCCUUCCGGAUUAAAGUAUUUAUCAAUACUGCGCAAUCGGUUGCGCACUUUACCAAAGUUCCCCGAAGGUUUGAUAGGAUUAUCAUGCUACAGUAAUUGGCUUGGUGUUACAGAUGACAUCAUGUUGUUUCCCGAAAGUUUAGAAGAGUUAGAUUUUCGUGCCAAUGACUAUGAAAUUGAUUUUCGAUUUGAAAAGUUGAGUUUACUAAAAUGUCCGAACCUUAGGAAAUUAGAUUUUUCUAAUAUAAGGCUUGAAAGGGAUCCUCGGGCACCAACAACACGAAUUCUGUUAGAUGAUUUCCCAAGAUCUCUUACUUCUCUUAGUCUUAAAGACUGUGGUGCAGAUGUAAUACUAGGUGAUUUGUCAGAGUUCACUUGCUUUAAAGAAUUGAAUUUGAAAGGGAAUCCAGGGCUGGAGUGGUUUCUCGAAACAGUUGCUUACGAAGAAGAUGACAGAGUUAACAACAGCGAUGACGGUAUGGAUGUAGCACCAGCCUUGCCUGAAUGCAUAGAAAAGUUAUGGAUUAGUGAAAGGUACUGUCAUCCAUUAGCUUUAAAGAGUAUUGUUGAAAUAAUGAAACAAAGGCCACAAUUUGAAUUAUUCCAUGUGACUGAAUAA